CCAACACAGACUUUAAAUACACACAAACACACGCUCUCAUCACGACUCACAUAGAGACAAGAGGGAGAGAAGGAGAGAGACCCACCAUUUGUAUCUCCGUGGAGAAGAGCCAGAACCAGAUAAGGAGUUAUCAGCGUGUGAAUGAUGAUGAAGAAUCAAUCAUCAAAUUGGUGGUGGCUUGACAGCCACAACGGCUCAAGGCGUUCACUAUGGCUUCAAUCCACUCUUACAGAGCUGGAUGAGAAGACAAAGGCCAUGCUAAAAGUGAUUGAAGAAGAUGCAGAUUCCUUUGCUCAACGUGCAGAGAUGUAUUACAAGAAGCGACCGGAGCUAAUCAGCAUGGUUGAAGAGUUUUAUCGGGCUCACCGUUCAUUAGCCGAGCGAUAUGAUCAACUGAAGUCGGACUCUAGCACUCGCCUCCUGACAACCUUGGGGUCCCCAUUUUCUUCAACUAAAACUCGACCAGAAAAGUUAGAGAGUAUGACGGACGACAACUGCUCAGAGACUUGUGACCCUGAAGAGUCUGAUGAGUCUGAUGAGUCCGAAGUUGAUGAUCCUGAACAGGAAGAUGAAGCUCAAGAUGAUCAAGAAAUUAAAGAAGAGGAAAUUCCAAGUAGGACCAGCAAUGAUGAAGUGAGGAAAUUGAGGGAAGAAAUAGAGAGACUUGAAGCAGAGAACAGAAUUCAGAAAGAUGAACUAGUGCAGAAAGAUGAAGAGAAGAGAGAGGUGAUAAGACAGCUGAGUUUAGCGGUGGAUGUGCUCAAGGAUGAAAACGUGAGGCUGAGGAAGUGUCUUGCUAGAGACUCCUCCGACCCCAAGAAACGGAUUCUUUUUGAUUUCAACAAAUUUAAGGGGACAUUUCUAGGGAACUUGUUUAGUGGAUCCUCGAAGGUUAGUGUUGUUGCUUUGUAGAGGUGUUAAUAUGUUAGUCAGUAGUGUAGUUUGUAACACAUUCUACAGAGAUGUCUAUAUUAAGGAGAAUUCCCCUUCGGAAAGUUAAUCUAACACUUCUUUUCAAUGUAUUUUCCAUCGUUCUUCUUGAUGUUCAUGCCCACCCUUUUUUUUUUUUUUUUUUGGGUUUACUUGUACUAUUGGUUUAUGCUAUUUUGGAGGGUAACAAUUUGUGUUCGUGUGUUGGUUCAGAUCGCGUCGAGACAUGGGUAUACAAUUAUAUAGAUCAAUUUUUAUUCGAUUUA